UGUUAGCUUGGAUCGCAAGCAGGUUCUCUCCGCUCACACAGGAUGCCUAAUACAACACAUGAACCGCAGACAUUCUCUGCUGAAUCGUACUUCGAAACACAACCACAACCUUCUUCACUCGUCGCCGACAUAGAGGGUGUCCACGAAUUUAUCCAACGGCAACGACAGGCUAACCGAUCCGUCGUGCUUGUAACGAGCGGAGGGACCACCGUACCGCUAGAGCUCAAUGUCGUCCGCUUCCUCGAUAAUUUCAGCGCCGGUACCCGAGGUGCAACUUCUGCCGAAUACUUCCUCAAAGCUGGUUAUGCCGUCAUAUUCAUGCAUCGCCAGUUCAGCUUGCAACCCUUUAGUCGACAUUAUUCCCACUCGACCAAUCCAUUCCUCAACUUUCUCGAGAUUGACGCUGCAUUGCCGUCGUCUUCAACUAUUGACUCGGCAUUCCCGUACUCAAAUGAUCCUCCACCUUCGACACCGACACCGCAAAUCACUGUAACCACUGAUGAACGCGCCAAAUUAUUUUCUGUGCUCCGUGCAUACAAAGCAGUGCAUGCACAAGGAACCCUACACAUGGUUUCCUUCGUUAGUGUGAACGAAUAUCUUUGGCUACUGCGGGCAAUUAGUAGAGAGAUGAGCGUUCUAGGAAGAAAGGCGAUGUAUUAUCUUGCUGCCGCUGUCAGUGAUUUCUUCUUGCCGCAGCAAAGAUUGUCGGAACAUAAGAUACAAUCUGGAAAGGGCAAUCUGUCCAUAGAAAUGGAUCAAGUGCCGAAGAUCUUGAAGCCGCUUGUUUCAGAAUGGAACCCAGAAGGUUUCAUUGUCUCCUUCAAGCUCGAAACUGACGAGACGAUUCUGAUACCGAAAGCCCAACAGGCGCUUGAGCGUUAUGGGCACCAGGUGGUGAUCGGAAACGAUCUCCACCACCGCAAGUAUCGCGUUGUGUUAAUAUCUCCAAUGGCGCAGGCAGACGCUAAAAAGAAACUGGACGCAGACGUCGUAUCUCAACCGAAAUAUGCGGAAUUUUGGAUAGAAAUUGAUUCUCACCAACCGUCCAACCACCCCAAGGAAAUAGAGGAAGACAUCGUUGCAGAAUUACUUAAACGGCACAAUGCAUGGAUCGAGGGUUCAUGAGUGGGUGGGGGAUGUUCUGACCCAUGGCGGUGCAUUGUAUGUAAUGAUGUACACUAGAAUUAUGGGGCUUUGAUAUCUUGUCGAGGCAUGUGCAAAAAUCAAGGAUUACCUUUAUGUAAUUUAGCACGACUCGAUCUGACUGCUGUGUAGUGUACUGUAAGCAUGCCAACAGCUUACGACGUUGAUAGACUCGAGUCAUCAUUCUCUCAUA